AUGAACUUCGACCCGGAGACUGGCGUCUUCCAGCUCACCUAUAUCCUCAACCUGAAGGUGAGCCAGCCCACGGAGAUCUACCUCAACGAGGAGUACUACUACGCCAACGGCUACGUCGUCUCCGUCGUGCCGAGCCAAAUCGUGCAAGCCAAGUCGCCGGGCAAGAACCUCGUGUGGGUGUACGCCCUUCCGACAGCCACCGACGGCGCCACCAUCACCGUCACCAUCAGCCCCAAGUGA